UUGGCGGGCGGAACUCGCAACUCGACGCGAUCGCAGCUGAUCGGACGCGAAAGAGAGAGGGACGGCAGACGCGGGCUGGAGCGAGAGGGCCCUAGACCAGCAGUACGAUUUUUUACCUCUUUCUGCGGAAUAUACAGAUCUCCCGACACUUUUUUUUGUGCAGUGCAGUGUUUAUGUUUUUUUGGCUCGGUGACCUAAAAAAAAGGGACACGGUGAGCUCCACCUCGUAAGUGCCCUACUGAGGGAAACUCGGGAAAGUGGCCAAGUGGGUGUGAGAGGGGGAGGGGAGUGCCUUUCUCGGGGAGCAGAUCAACUAAAAAUAGCCAAAAACAUAAAAACGAAGAAGUCGAGCGAGCGAGAAUGCUUACAAAAACAAGAAACAAAAAAAGGAAGCCAAAAAUAAUUGAAAGCGUGGGCAGCGUUCGAAUAAGCAAAGUACAGUGAGGCCGCCCUACGAGGGCCUCCUAAAGAAGAGCCAAAAAGUCAGCCUGCACGCAAUAAACCCAAAAUAUAACAAAAGGUCCAUCUCGGAGACACUACAGGGAGCCUUGGAGACGCCUUAUCGAGUGCCACCUGUACAGAAUCAGUUGGGAUAAACAAUAAAUUGGCCAAAGGCCAAGCAAGAAGAAGCGAUAGCCAGAGACAGAUCAAAAGAAGCCAGCGGACAAAAGAGCAACAGGUGGGAGGGAAACCGAGACCCAGAAUCCUUGCAACUUGCCCCAAGAGUUCAGCCUCCAAUGUCCCAGUCGGCGGGGGAGGAGGACCAGGAGGACCUCGAGGAGGAUCCCCUAGCGAAUCUACUUAGUCUGAAGCUGCGGAAGCCGGCCAACUGGAACUGGGAGUUGAGCACCUCACGUAGCUGCAGCAACAUCGCCCUGCCACGGAUCCUGUUGUACGACCAUACCGGAAACCUCCUGGUCGACGCCACUGGGCAGCGGGAGGGCACCUACCGCUCCGGGGACUCGCCGCGGCGCCGCAAGCGCUCCGCCACAUCCAACUUGAGUCUGGAGAGCAACUUCCACGGCCUCCAGAUAGCGGAGGCCACGCCCACGCCCACUACCACACGCACAGCAACGCCCACGGCCGCACAGACGCCCAGUUCGAGCGGCAGGAGCGGGGAGGGUAGAAAGAAGAGCCACGGAAGCUGCAUCGACUUCAGCACCCACGAGCUACCUAACUGGGAGCCCUCCUCGAGGAGGUCGAGCUCUUUGCGAAGCGUCCGCUUCCAGACGGCGGAGGAGCUGCCCGCCUACCCCACUCCGCCCUCCACCUCUACGCUGAACUCGUCCAGCUCGGGCCCGCGGGAGAAGAGGCGCUACCGACGCUCGCACAGCUCCAUCUUGGAGCGGUUCAGCCUCUCCAAGGGACGCCACUCCUCACCGGAGUUCGCCCAGGAGAUGGAGGUGGAGAAGGCGCCGCGGUACUUCCUGCGCACCAGCAAGGCCGGCACGCUGGUCAUCCGCGAGGAGAGCUUCAGCUCCCAGCGAAUGCGCCACCGACGUCGGCGUCCGCCCAAGCAUUCCUCCAGCGAGAACAUCCUCCAGGAGCGGCAGGACGAGCAGGAGGUUCCAGAGGCAGUAGUUGUGCAGGCCACAACGCGCCAAAGGGUGGUAAGAACGGUGUCCACCUCGGAGGAGGAGGCGGAACAGCAGCCUAGAAGGUCAAGGACGAGACCCAGAAACCAGAGCCAUCGCAGUUGCGGCAAGGACGCAGCUCAGGACCUUAUAACCGUGGAUCCGGAUAAUUGUGUGUACCGUGCAGCGCCGGGCGCCACGGCACGCUAGGAGAACGCCCCGAAGAGAGUCUUCGCAGGAGACUGGACAGCUAGGCUGAAAGAGAGAGGAGAAGAGGGAAAGCGAGCAGUGCGAAAAGAGACAAACCAAGAGUUCCUCCCUGUGAUGUAAGACGAUAGAACCGACAGAAAUAAAACAAAUAAAAUAGAAA